CCUCUCGAUUUCCCUUCCCUCUUCUUUUUCUCUUACUCCAGCUCGCUUUCUUGUUUUCGCCUUCUCUCUCUUUCUUAGGCCGGCUCCUUCUCUCGCGUUACUUCCUCUCUCUCUCUCUCGUUAUCUCAUCCCUCUCGGGGUUCCUCUUGCACGUCAAAUGUCUGUUGACUUCAGCAUCAGCUUUCUGUUCUUUUCUCGCUGUGAUUUCAAUUUCAUGAACCGGGGUAGGUUGUGGUGUUGUCGUCGAAUCUUGUUUCGACACUGGACUUGACAGAUAAUGAAGGGGCGAUGAGAAUGGUUGCUUGAAGUUUUAUUUUGACUAUGGAUUGGUGGAUUUAGUUUUGUUUCUGUCAAGACUAUUGUUGGAUUUCUGAGGUAAAGUUAAAAAGUUCUGUUCGUUGCUGUAGAAGGUAGAGGAUAACCCUAUUUUCGUUCUAACGUUUUGAAGGAAGAAAAUACACUUAACAAUAAAAAAAGAAAAAGGAAGAGGGACAAACUUGGGUUUUGAGCAUUUCAAGUAGUGAGAUCUUCUGUAGGUGGUUUUUGAUGUCGAGGCCAACCCUUCCGCCUGGUUUUCGCUUCCAUCCUACCGAUGGUGAACUCGUACAAUACUAUCUCAAGAGGAAGGUGUUGGGAAAACCACUGCGCUUUGAAGCCAUUUCAGAGAUAGAUAUAUACAAGUUUGCUCCUUGGGAUCUUCGAGAAAAAUCAUGCUUGAAAAACAGAGAUCUGGAGUGGUAUUUCUUUUGUCCAAGAGAUAAGAAAUAUGCAAGUGGGCCAAGGACAAAUCGUACAACUGAAAUUGGAUACUGGAAAACAACUGGGAAAGAUAGAACUGUUCGUCACAAUUCACAAAUAGUGGGAAUGAAAAAAACUCUUGUUUUUCACACGGGCCGUUCACCCCGAGGAAUUAGAACCGAUUGGGUGAUGCAUGAAUACAGGCUUGAAGAUAAAGAUCUUGCUACUGCAGGCAUCUUUCAGGGUGCAUAUGUACUUUGCAGGAUCUUCCAGAAGAGUGGGCCAGGCCCCAGAAAUGGUGAACAAUAUGGAGCACCAUUUAGAGAGGAAGAUUGGGAAGAUGAUGUAAAUGAUCCUUUUUCUCUCCCUCUAGCUGACCCUGGUUCUCCAUCUAUUUUGCUGGAUGAUGACCAAAAUGUUUCCAUUGUGCCUGGAAGUGCUUUUGGGUCUUCUUUGGAGCCUAUUCCUUGUCAAGCUGGGCCUUCUAAUAAUACUUCAGAUCACACCUUGCCUGAGGAUGAUGAUAUUGUUUCAUUGUUGGCACUUUUUGGCAAUGAAGAAGAAGUCUUGGUUUCUACCAGCAAUGUUAGCAGUGAGAGUCCACAAUCAUCCAAUGUUGGAGUUGCUCAUUUGGAUGGAUAUGGGUUUUACAAUUCCUUGGAGGACAUAAUCACCUUGGAAGAGCUGAAUAAAAUUCAUUUCCCUAGCAGUUGUUUGGAAGCUGAAUAUCCACUGGAUCAAACCCAUAUCUGGGGUAGUUCAUCCUUUUUAGAAUUGAAAGAUCUGGAGCUUCCACUGGAAGAUCCUACAGUACAUGGUGCUGAUAACUUGUUUCUUGAUCCAUUGGCCUGCAAUAGCAAUUAUGAUAAUAUUGAGGGUUUGCCUGGUCCUGCUCUUCCUCUGGCUCUGCCUGCUCUUGGGUUAAGCAGGUGUAACACUCUUCCAGAGGGAUCUUCCAUUGAGGAAGAAUUGGCUCCAUUUUUUAAGGACAAUGGCAAUGGGGCAAAUGCAAGCGGUGGACAGGAUGCUUUGUAUAACAUUUCUUCUUCAAGUAAAAAUUUUCAAGAGGGAGGAAAGCAACAGGCCCUGGCAAGAGGUGGGCCACAAAAAGCAUCCUUUUCCAGACUUCAGUAUCUGUUACAUUCCGUUCCUGCGCGUCCUACCUUUGCUGCAGAGUACCUGUUUCCUACCAAUAGAGAGAAGGGAGCUAUGGAUAGUAGGAUGAUGUAUCCAUAUGGUGGCUCUGGCUCCUCUAUCCAAGUCAAAGUCGAUGUGAUUAUUACAUGUGGGAGCACUAAAGACGGUUUGUCAGACAAGUAUGAGGAGUUUCCUUGUGUGUCUUGUUAUGGCUGCAACCUGUCCUGGUUGGGGUUUGGUAAGCAAGCAGUCACUCGCAGCAAGCUGGUUUACAUUCGUUUUCUUACUGGGAAUGGUUUCUGCUUUCCUGAUUAUUGGAAUUAUCAAUUAUUCACACAAUCACACCCAUUGAUUGGAAUUUCCAUUUCAAUCUGGAAGUCUGUAAGCAUUUUAACGUCUUUAUAACAGUUUAUCUAGGGUAAUGAGGUGUUUCAUUAAUUGUUUGUGGGGACAUCACUUUCUCUUUUGGGUUUGUGGCGGGGGGGUUGAUUUUACUCUUGAACCUGAAAUUUUAGAACUAUUUACGGGCUGGAUUGAUUGCUUGCACCAGGCCUGGUUUAUCAAUGUAAUGCAUAUUUAAAAGUAUUAGCGAAAUGUGUACAUGCUUUGCACUUGGCUAUUUAGAUCAUGGUGAUUGUUUAA